UCAACCUUCCCCAACCCACAAGCAACCCAUCGGGGGAGAAGUCUCUGCGCUGGAGAAGUUCUGUCAGCUGAUCGGACGGCAAUGGCGGGCGUGUCCCUCAAGUGCGGCGACUGCGGAGCUCUGCUGAAGUCCGUCGAGGAAGCCCAGGAGCAUGCCGAGCUCACCUCUCACUCCAACUUCGCCGAGUCCACCGAGGCCGUCCUCAACCUCAUCUGCACCGCCUGCGGCAAGCCCUGCCGAUCUAAAACAGAAAGCGAUUUGCAUACAAAGAGAACCGGGCACACUGAAUUUGUGGAUAAAACUUCAGAAUCUGCAAAACCAAUAAGCUUGGAAGUGCCUAAAGCUGCUGUGGAAUCAGAUGAACAGGUAGAUGCAAGUACUAGCAGCCAAUCUGAAGAGAUGAUUGUGCCUGAGGUUGACAAGAAGCUGCUUGAGGAACUUGAAUUAAUGGGCUUUUCGACAGCACGGGCAACACGGGCACUUCAUUAUUCUGGUAAUGCCAGUGUUGAAGCUGCUGUAAACUGGGUGGUUGAGCAUGAGAAUGACCCUGACAUAGAUCAGAUGCCGUUGGUGCCUGCUAACACGAAAGUUGAAGCUCCCAAGCCUACUCUUACACCUGAGGAAGUGAAGCUUAAAGCACAAGAACUCAGGGAGCGAGCUCGCAAGAAGAAAGAAGAGGAAGAAAAGAAAAAGGAAAGAGAACGAGAAAAGGAGAGAAUUCGUAUUGGCAAGGAACUCUUGGAGGCAAAGCGAAUUGAAGAGGAAAAUGAAAGAAAAAGAUUGUUGGCUUUACGGAAAGCUGAGAAAGAGGAAGAGCAGAGGGCCAGGGAGAAAAUUCGUCAGAAGCUGGAAGAGGACAAGGCAGAAAGGAGGAGGCGGCUUGGACUGCCACCAGAGGACCCUGCAGCUGCAACGCCAUCAGCACCUGUUGUGCAGGAGAAAAAAAGCUCGUUGCCCGUUAGGCCUGCCACAAAGGCUGAACAGAUGAGAGAAUGCUUGCGAUCCCUCAAGCAGAAUCAUAAGGAGGAUGACGCCAAGCUCAAGAGAGCAUUCCAGACUCUACUGACAUAUAUUGGAAAUGUCGCCAAGAACCCCAAUGAGGAAAAAUUCAGAAAGAUCCGAGUGACUAAUCCAUCUUUCCAGGAAAGAGUGGGUGCGCUGAAGGGAGGCAUAGAGUUCCUUGAGCUUUGUGGGUUUGAGAAGAUAGAAGGGGGUGAGUUCCUGUUCCUAGCUAGAGACAAGGUCGAUGUGGCCGUGUUGAACUCUGCUGGGUCUGAGCUGGAUUCUGCGAUUAAAAAUCCUUUCUUUGGCGUUCUAUAAGCUUUGAACCGGGGUCUUCGGCAGAGUACGUUAUGCAUUUACUAUAUUUAUUAAGGAUCCUUUAUCCAAUUGCAGUAUGCUGUCAAGCUUGAGUUUGUUUGCAAAUCAUGACCAUACGGGCUUUAGCAUCGAGGAUUUUUGUACAUGUUGGAUUUUCUGGAGAGCCUCUCUUUAUUAAGCUAUGCUUCAAGCUGCUCGCUAAUUACGGCAUGAAAAGGCCCAGGUUGGAUGUUGUAAUUGUAUCAUUUGCCAAGUAUUCUGGGAGAUCCUAGCAAAAGAAAGGUAUUCUGGGAGUUCCGGGUUUCCCUUUUUUGUGUUUCUGUAUCAUUACCCAGAAAGACACUAAUACGAUUAUGCAUUGCAAAGUUACCACCUUUGAAAA